CGGCACUCUAGAUAUCCCUGUCGUUUCCGUUUGACACCAUUUCAUUGGUCAAUGUCUCUCUAACUACGCUUGUCUCAUUUGUCUCCCUUACACAGCCUUUGGAGGCAACGUCAUGCGCCUAGACUCCCGGCACCGAAGAAUAGGCGUCACUGAAAUACCUACAUAUAGGACUUUGACCCCAGUAGGCGUCGACGCCCUUACUCCUAUCAACUCUUUCAACGAAUAUAUAUUAAAGCUGAAUUAUCUUGUUACAUACGUCCGGCUAGCUGAGGCGCUCAUGGAGCUGCCGUAAGUUUCGCACAGCUAUUAUUACCUUACCAUAUGCUCUAGACAGUAUUGAAGACUCACCAACGUUACCUAAGCAUACACCUACUCACUCAUCUCUGUUAAUCUUAGUCAGCUAACUGGUUGUGCCGCAAUUCCUUCAGACAUGGAUGAAGGAGGGUUCAACUACGACGUUGAGCAAGAUACGCCGAUGAAUAGAGAUUUUACCAGUUCCUUAGCAAGCGGUACAAACUCUAUGCCACUCGAGUCGUCAGAUGCUGCUGCAUCUGAUCAUGUCACAGAGGACCCAGAGCUUCAGGCUCAGGCUCAGGCUCAGGCUCAGAGGCGGUAUCUUUCCAAACGACCUCAUAGAAAAUCACGCGCUGGGUGUAAACAGUGCAAGAAGCGUAAGGUCAAGUGCGACGAAGCCAAGCCAUCGUGUAAGGCAUGUACGCUUCGAAAGGAGCCAUGUGUAUAUCCAAAUGUGCCGCCACCAGCAUCCUCAUCCACGGCAACUCGCCUGUCCACGGGUGCCACUGACUCACAAGAAGCUCGGGAUCAGUCCGUCGAUAACACCGACGAGGGCGAGGAGAUUGAGGAUAUAGACGUCUCCACUCUCAGUCGUAUUAUGAUUCCCGUCAUCUCAGAACCUGUUUUCAUCCCUGACCAAGCCGUUGACCAUAUCGACAUGAAGAUGCUAUGGUUUUAUACCGCUCACUCGUACCACAAUUUCUCCAUCAACGCCGGACGCUUACCUCUGGUUGAUUAUGCCCUCAAGGUUAAAGUUGUUGAACAUGCUUUUCGCUCGCCCUUUCUCAUGGAGACGGUUAAGGCGUUAUCAGCGUUAGAUCUCCGCAACUUGAAUCAGCCCGUACCAACUCAGAAGCUUGUAUCCUACCAGGCUCGAGCCUUCGAAGGCUACCGCAGCGCUAUCGAAACAGCCGAUCCCAAAGAUUAUCCCGCUCUGCUCGCCUGCUCACUCUUCAUGGUUGCGAUGAGCAGCCAAGCAUUUCGCGACCCCAAUGGAAGGCGUCUUUUCAUUGUUGAAUGGAUAGCAAUAUGGCGUGGCAUCGGUCUAAUUAUUGACAUGAUUUCGCCGAAAGCAGUUGAAGAAUCCGGGUUGUCUGCUUUAUUCUAUCGUCCUCCUAUAGAUAUGGAGAAGACAGUUCAAUACAUUCCAAACAACCUCUUAUUCAUGGUCACAUCGAUCCGAGAUGGAGAUGCAGACUACGCCAACCAAAAGGAUUACUACGAAUUUCUUCGAUGUCUUGGCUCACUUUAUCAGGAGCUUAUAGAGCAUGGCUUUGGUCCCGUUCUAGACCUUCGCAUCAUCACAUUCUUCAGUUUUUGUCCCCGCGUACUAAUCCCGCUCGCACAGCAACAUCGGCCGCGGAUGUUGGUUAUUAUAGCACACUGGAUCUGCUUUGUCAGAAUCCUGCGUAAUGUCUCUUGGUGGAUGACCGGACUAGAACGUCAGGCCGAACAGAUAUUCGAGGAGGUUGACGAUGAUUGGGAACAUCUUUUACGCGUCCCCAAGAUGGUCAUGGUGACCGACGACCGAGUUCAAAGAGCACGUUUGAUCAUUGAUAACCACAAUUGGACACCAAGCGAGCUUGAUCUGUACCAUAAGAAUAGAGACCCAAGGACACGGAAUGAGCUCAAGUUGAUUACAAACGAGGGGGCUGAGCUCGAGAUCGUCGAUGGUCAAUGGCGAUUCAAAACGAGCCAGAUCAGAUGGCACCCACCACAUAUGCCUGACUCAAAUGCCGAUCCAGAUCACUCAGACCAGACUCUAUUACUCGGAAGCACCUUAUUGUAUAACCCCGUAACACGAAAUCCAGUGUCCGCACAACUUCCAGUAUCUACACCCUCUCCAUCAAUCUCGUCGGAAUUAUCCACGCCGAGCUUAUCGCCGUCCAUAUCGGCAUCAAAAUCACCAUCUCCUUAACACCGUGGCCAAAAGGACUCGACAACAAUGACAGGAAAGGGUUCCUCGAACUGACUAAUCGAUGUCGAUACGUCGCAAGGAAGACGCGAGCUCCUCAUAAACAUCCUUAGUAAACCAGAAAACUUCGGUGAUCACCAUGCAACCUUACCUCCCUAUAGAUCAAAAUAGAUCGUGUUACAAGGUGAAUAAACCAAAUACGACAGCUCUGUAUCGCCCUAUGCCAAAUCCAUACCCCUUCAGGACACAAGGUCUCAUACUCGCC